AUGACUGGAAGACUGUUUAAUCCACAGCAUUUACACUUUCCAUUAUUAGCCUUAUCGAUUGGUUUAUUAGGCUAUGCACUAGCUACUGCUGAUUGGCCAUGUGGAAAUUUAUUCACUCAAUGUUUUAAAACACUGCCUAUAUUAAUUGUGAUUAUAUUAUUAGCUGCAGGUGUCGGUGGAUUGGGAUUAAUAUUUUUAAUUGAUUUAUUUGGUGCUUGUAGUAGUAAAUGGAUACCGGGACCAGUGUGUACAACUAUUAAAUUAUUAAUAUUAUUUGUUUCAGCAAGUGCAGUGCUUACAGGUAAUUUAUUGUAUACUUAUUGGAAAUUACCCUAUUGGUCGUAUACAUUUUCAUUGAUUGGCAGUGUAACAGCUUCACAGGUUGUUAUCCUAGCUGUAAUCAACUGUAGGUGUUUAGGUUCAAAACUUUAG